CAUUGCUCACUGUAACUCGCUCAUAGUGUCAGAAUACUUCAUUCAAUAACAGGUGUGUCUCAUAAAUCGUGAAAUAUGAAGAUGGGGACAUUUCUUCCUCUACUGCAGAUACUAGUCUGUAUGCAUGCGCUAUGGUGGGGUGUACAAGGAAUGACUACCGAAUCAAGCGACGACACAUUGAUUGACUUCCUAAGCGGUGCAGGGUCCUAUGAGGGCGUGGUGUAUUACCAAGCAGAGGGUCGACGUGCCUUGAUAUGCGAUCAAACAUGGACUGACAAGGAAGCCGCUGUGGCAUGUCGUAUGCAGGGAUACGAAGGUGGUACAGCAACCAAAGUAGUCGAUCUAGGACCAGAGGAUUCUACUGAUAUCUUCCAAUGGGAUGUCGUGUGUGAUGGCGAUGAGGAAAGACUAGGAGACUGCCCUGUGUCAAACAAAGAAGACAACCCGACCUCAUGCGAUCCUAACAAUAUAGCUCAGGUCAGAUGCGAACCAAAUAUAGAUUGGGACAUGCGGAUGACUGGAAGUGAGUACUCGGAGCAAGGACGGGUGGAAACCUAUACGAACGGAGGUUGGGUCAAAGUGUGGGCGGUUGCCCAUACUACCUACGAAAUGCUUUGUAGAGCCAUGGGGUAUGAUGAGUCGUUGCAUCAUUACGAAGGAAUAGAGCAGAUGCCUUUCCAAGGAGGUUCACAGGAUGAAGGAGUCAUGUGUAUGCCAUCAGACGACAUCAUCAGCUGCCGUAACGUGAGUGAGAUACCUGGAAAUGGUUCUAGGUACGAGACAGGCAUCGUGUGUAAACCCUUUGACAUUGUGGCAUACCAUCCAAUAAGAUUGGUCGACAAUAACACAAACGAGAUCAACAACCGGUCAGGACUUGUAGAGAUCUACCAUGACGGCCAAUGGGGAAACAUUUGCAAGAAUUCCCGUUAUUCUGAACUUGUUUGUUCCGAACUUGGUUAUAAGGACACGUGGGAUGCUACUAGUUUUGAUACACAGAAGGUUGGUGAUGGGACCCUGACCUGGUUCAGCACAGUCGACGAUGGUUAUGGGUUAACCAAUUGUGACUCCGUAUUUGGAUGUGAACACACAGCGUGGGGGGAUCCCCAAAGUGAUUGUAAUCUCAUGGCAAUUCGUUGUGCACCCGCCCCCGGGAGAGCUUCAUCUUUGGAGGGUUUGGCAUUAUCUCUCAUCAUCAUGGUGGUCGUCGUUACGGUCGAUUUCGGAUUCGUCCGUGUCUAAAGGCUACAAGAAAAUCUUUGAUCUAUUAAAUGAGCGUCAUUCCGGUGGCUGCAUGUUGAUUUCCCGAAGUUUCAUGAUCCCGAAGGUCCGCAAUUCCGGAAGUACAUUACUGCCAAGCUUCACGAUGCCGACAAUUAAGUAGAGUUUUUAAUUCCGAAAAUGAAAUGUGGUUAGUAAUUCAGAAUAAAAUAUCUAUUUAAAAAAAGGUUCUUAAUUCCACAAAUGAGAAAGGGUUCAUAAUUUCUAAAUUGAAAUAGAAUCCGGUCGUAUUGUUCUCGGAAUAACGAGCCUUCGGAACAGUGAUUUUAACUUUUAAUUAAUAAUAGGCACUACUACUCCAUUUUCUAAAUUACGUAACUUUGGAAUAAUGAACCAAAUUUUAUGUUCGUAUUAAUGUAUAAUACUUGAUAUCGGGAAUUGCGAACCAUUCGAAUAAUGAAACUUCGAAGUAAUGUAUGAAAUGUUCAAAAUUAUGACCUCGUUUACUCAGAAUUAUGAACUUUUGGAAAAAUUAACCUUCGGAAAAAACGAGUAACCUCAGAUCGGUAUAUGAAUUUAUUUAAAUACACCUUCGGAAUACUAAUAUAUGAAAACGACGAAUCAGUUUAUGAAUCAAUCACAUUUUUAAAUACCGAUGAAGUGUAGGAUAAAGCCUCUAAAUGAAGAAAUCACGAAUAAAUCCGGCUUACUUCGUUCCAUCGGGUCUUCGCGUCAGGUCGUGUUGUCGGGUAUCUUUCGUGAAAUUUUGUUCUCAUAAUCACGAAAGAUAGGGUGCGUCACGUUGUUGGGUUACACGCAUUUGUGUAAAAAGUUCCCCCAUGCUCACGAAAGGUACGGUUAAUUAAAUGCAUUUAAUACCAUUCUGUUUAAGUGUUUCUUAAAAUUAACUUAAAUAGAAUGUUGAGUUUGGGUGAUCGGUGAAAAAUAAUUUGUGAGCGUUUUCAUUGUUAUUACGCAAGUG